CCCUGGCCUUUGCAUGUAACAUGGACAAUAGUAUAUAAAUGCUGACAUGUAUGCAUCACGAGCAAAAACGUUUCUCAUUGAGGCAACGACGAUGCAGCUCGCAUUCUUUGCGUUGGCCGUAGUCAUUUGUCUCCCAUUAGCCGAGGGACAAAGGAGACCAAGAAACUGCUUUUGGCAACCAUGGAGCCCCUAUGUAAAAUGCACCUGCUGCAAUAAAUACGAUGGUAGAACAUGCGAGAAAUAUUGUCUGAGAUACCGAAACAAGAUUCCCGCUGGAAGAGGAGGGAGAGACUGUAUCGGACGAAGUGUCGAAUAUACAAAGAUAAAGUGUUCUUGCAGAAGAUCUUGUGGUCUACCGCCAAAGCAAUGCAGAGGGCAUGGUGAGGUUCAUUAUCACUCAUUCGAUGGGUUGUAUUAUCAUUUCCAAGGCGUUUGUAAAUACACAUUGGUUGAGGAUACAAUUGGAUUUUUCAAGAUUUUGGUGAAGAAUCGCCAGUGGCCAUUUGCUUCUGAUACUUCUGCGACAAAAUACGUAGAGCUUCAUAUGCCACUCGCAGAGGAUGGAGAACAAACCAUAAGACUUCUCGGCCCAAGUUUAGAACAGAUUCAGGUGGGACCAGAUGAAUCAGCAUUGUCAGAUGUUGGGGUCUUUUUCUCCAACUCACUCUAUACUAUUCAAAAGGUGGGAGAUGUGAUGACAUUCGAAAGUGGUGUACUUGGCUUGCGGGUUGAGUUUGAAAUGGUACGAUGGACAACUCCACCCGCGAAUUUCCCAGGUUAUGGAGAUGUGACGGUUACACUUGGAACCCAAUGGAUGGCAGACGUUGAUGGACUUUGCCAAAACUACAAUGGUGAUGUGAGUGACGACGUCGAAGAUGGCCUGAGCUACAAAGUUUUUGACUCUGAAGACGAAGACUGUGAUGACUUUCCGAGUGAAUCGGAUGACAAAUGCUCACGUUCGCGAAGGGCGAAACGCGCUGCAACAAAAUUCUGCAAAAGUGUACCAACAAUCAUAUCUAGAGAUGCUAUCGACAAGAUGCCCCCGCAGGACUUUAAAGGAUGGAUGGGGGACUGUGUCAUAGACUUUUGCUCGUCAACAAAUAUGCGAUGUGCCAUCACAACUUUUUUUGCUGGCUUCGUGAGAACAUUUGGUGUUGAUCCCAAGGGAUGGAGAGAGAAAUUUGAUUGUCCAAUGACAUGUGGCGUUAACGAAGUAUUCUUGUAUGGUGGUCAAGCAUGUGAGGCUCAUUGUGCAAAUGAGAGAGUUACGUGGUGUACUAAACGCCCCAGAGACGGAUGUUACUGUCAGAAAGGCUAUAUAAGAUGCAACGGGAGAUGUAUCAGAAAUUUGAGAGGAUAAGUGUUAAUGUGACGACAUGGUGAAAAAGAAGUGAAUUGGUCAUAUUAGACACGAUCAUAGGAAAACAUAAUUCUGUACCUG